CCUUCUGUUAUAUUCUGUUAUCAUCUAAGCGAAAUAUCGUCUUCUUCGAUCGCACACUUCCCGAUUCCAAAUCGAGCAGUAAGCUACGAGGAUCACAGGGCCAUCGCCUACGCCAUCAGCGCCAUGGCCACUACCGUCCCUCUCCUGCUUCUCUUCCUCUUCCUCUGCCGUGUCCUAUGCUCCGCCGCCGCAUCGGCUCAUCCGGGAUACCUGGAGACGGAGGCGUGCGGCGGCGAGGCGGAUCUGACUGUGGUCCGGAGGGAGGAGUACGACGGGGGGAGGAUCUUAGACAUCACCCACGUGUACCACGAGUACAUGCCGUCGUGGGACUCGGACGAGGGGCUCGGCCAAUUCCUUUGGCUCCCCAAGUCCAUGAAGAACGGCUCCCUCGCCAACAACUCCGAGAUGAAGCUCCCGACCCACACCGGCACCCACGUCGACGCCCCGGGCCAUGUCUUCCAGCACUACUUCGAGGCCGGCUUCGACGUCGACACGCUUGACCUCCAUGUCCUCAAUGGUCCAGCAUUGUUGGUGGACGUUCCAAGAGAUAAGAACAUAACCGCUGAUGUAAUGGAAUCCCUACAUAUUCCAACUGGAGUACGUCGUGUGCUUUUCAGGACAUUGAACACUGACAGGCAACUUAUGUCGAAGAAGGAAUUUGAUACAAGCUACGUUGGGUUUAUGAAGGAUGGUGCACAGUGGCUGGUGGAUAACACUGACAUCAAACUUGUCGGUGUUGACUAUUUGUCAGUUGCUGCAUAUGAUGAUUUGAUCCCUUCUCAUCUGGUUUUCCUCAAAAGUCGGGAGAUAAUCCUCGUGGAAGCCUUGAAACUAGACAACGUCAAGCCUGGUAUAUACACCUUGCACUGCUUACCUCUUCGGUUACGAGGAGCUGAGGGUUCCCCAAUCCGGUGUAUUCUUGUCAAAUGAUCGUCGUCACCCCCACAUGACUAUCAGGAAUGUCUUUGACUCCGUAGCUCAACAAAUAUUGUCUUUAGAUAAAUAAGGAUGAGCGGUGCCGACAUGGUUUAAUAUUUUCCUACAAGAACUGUUGAAGUGGGGCACAGAACAUGUAAUCUAUCUACUUGGCUGAUGAUAGACAUGUAUUAGUUUGCUUUA